ACUUUCCCCCCCCCCCCAGUUUACAGUUUGCUGUCUGCAUGGUUCCAAAUAGGCUUAUUUUGUUCCUUUUAUUGAUUCUUUUUUUUAUUUAUUUAUUUUUUUAAAGCUGCCUUCAUACUAAAUCUUGAAGCUGGUUCAGAUGAUUGUUUUCCAUUCACUGGUAUACCAUCCGCGUUUCUCCAUUGUGUUCUGUGUCAGUUGUAUGUUGUAUAUUUUCUUUUUUUGCGCGUGUCUGUUUGUGGUCUCAGACAGAAGUUGUGGCACGGUGGGUUUAUACGUUUUGUUUUAGUUGCCAUGGUGAUAUGUCCUCCUUUUUUCCGGCCAGUUAGAGCUCUACGUGGGGGGUCGUAGGUCAGAACCAGACAUGGACGGCACAAUGUUUUCCCACGCCCUUAUCUCGUAGAGGAGACCUGUCACAGGUAGAGCCGACACAAAGUCUCGACCGUUAGAGGAGGGCGUUAUCGCAUCGAACUUUACCUUUGCUGAAUUGCGGGCGCCAUUUUGUGAAACGCUUUCGGCCGACAGCGAGUUAGCUAGCCGUUAGAGCUACAGGAAGGGGAUGUCCAGCCGUCCCCAAAUGCAAAGAUCCAAAGAUGAACACUGGGACACCUCCAGCGUCCGACCUCCACCAGGGCUGCCCAGCCAUGUUCCUGGAGAUCUACCGUCCGUCCUGUGGGAUUUCACUCCUAACCCCUAACAAAACUCACCUCAUUCAACAGCUAGCUACAGGACGGUAGAUCUCCAGAAACAGGGUUGGACAGCCCUGCUCUAGCUCUUGAAUGAGGGACGCAUGCUGCGAAUGGAAACCCCACCGUGGAGCCCUUUCCUGAGGGCACUGAGAUGAUCAUGCUGGGAAUGGGCUGUUUUUGGGGCGCAGAGAGGCGUCUCUGGCGGGUGCCGGGCGUCUUCUCCACCCAGGUGGGGUACUCCGGAGGCCUCACCCCAAAUCCCAACUACCAGGAAGUGUGCUCAGGCCUAACGGGUCACACAGAGGUGGUGAGAGUGGUCUUCUUCCCCAGGGAAGUGAGUCUGGAGAAGCUGCUGAAAAUCUUCUGGGAGAGCCACAACCCUACAGAAGGUAUGAAGCAGGGGAUUGACUACGGAACACAGUAUCGCUCCGCAAUCUACACCUACACCGCCCAGCAGCUACACCUGGCCAGGCAGAGUAAGGAGGCCUACCAACAGGUGUUGGCCGAGGAGGGCUACGGCCCAAUCACCACGGAGAUCAGAGAGGCCGGUGAGUUCUACUACGCCGAGGACUACCACCAGCAGUACCUGCACAAGGUGCCCACGGGGUACUGCGGGCUCCGGGGCACGGGGGUCACCUGCCCGGCUGGGGGCGGCGAAAGAGACGAGCUCUGAGCGAAGGGGCCGAUGAAGAGGAGGAGCGCGAGGAAGAGGAGUGGAGUGUGACGAUGGCGAAGCAGCCGGGGUGUGUAGCUCAGAGGUUAGAGCUGGGGGGGGGGGGGGGGCUGGGUCUGCGGCCUGGGUUUUAGAGAGCCACGGGACCUGCUUCUGUUUUCUCCAUUGUUAUUCUGCUCCGUGUGAGGUCACAGAUACGGGAUUAGAGUGUUCUUAGCUGAACAUUCCGCUGCUGAUGUUGCCGAUAGCAGCGAGAGUUCUAGAACACCGACUUGAAAGUUUUGAAAAAAAAACAUUCCAAAAAAAAAAAACCUACUCUUCAAAGGGUUAAAACGGCUGAUUACAUCAUUAACUCAGCUCUCCUGCUUUGCUUGAACUGGCCAUUAGUUUUAAGGUGAAAAUUAAAAAGCCCCCCCUGUGGAUUCUGCCACUCUUCAGGACCGGGGUCUUUUUUACAUAAACUUAGUUUGAUUUUUAAAAGUUUUUAAACGUGUUAUUUUUUAAAAUAAAUGUUCGCCGAUUCUCCGCCCCGCCUCGCCGGUCCUCGGGCCCUCGGACGGCAGCCCCAGGGUGCUCUGGGUUCGAGGGACCAUGGCCACCGCUGAUCCGGCUGCUCUCUGGAUGAUAUCUGCUGUAAUUAAACUCAUGCUUCUGUGACAGGACGCCGGCGUGGAUCAGUGCUCUCUGUGAGCUGCGGUUCUGUGUGUGCGGAGAGCAGUGGCGUUGGAGCGCUGCUCUCUGCUGUAGACUCGCCGCGUGCGAACGACAGCGUCGCUGUGCGUUCACCACACGCUGUACUUUUCUGUACUGUGCUUUUCGUUUUUAUCCCCGAUAUUUUGAUAUUUUGUACUGAUUUUCUACUGGAAAUAAGCCGUGUGCAUUAUUUCUUUUUAGUUUGUGUCUUGUUUUUAACAAACUUUUGAGAAGAAAACUUUGUUAAAAAAAAAAAAAAUAAUAAUAAUAAUAAUAAUAAAAAUAAUUUUUAAGUGGAAGUUGGUGUAUUUCCUCUGUAUUUGAGAAUGUUAAUGACACUUCAGUGACAUUGUUGUACACAAAGAGUCGUGCAGGACUUGUGAGCUCCCUCACCCCCUCUGCUGGUGGGAGAGAGCUAUGACACCCACUGUCUUUUUGCUCCUUUACCUUCUUCUUAACUGGAGCUCCCUGAUCCAUUGGACUGAGGCAGAAUAGGUCAAUUCAGUAAAUUGUAGGUAAAUUAAGUGCUGUGGUAUAUUUUCAGUUUAUAUAAAAGAUUUGGAGGUUUUCGAGUUCCUUCUGGCCCUGCUCACUGUGCACUGGGUGAGAGUUCCUGUUGAGAGGCUUUUGAGAUGGAGUGUGCGAAGUUGUAUUUAAAUCCGACAGUCUCGUCAUUCUCUUGCGCCCUCUGCUGGUCUGCCAAAGCAGCACGCGAAGUCUCUUUGGAGACGUGGGGCUUGUAGGCAGUAGCGUGGACAGAACGUAGACUGUAUAAAAGGACAGACGUAUCCGACGACAUCACGUGCCUCAGAGGAGAACCAUCGAUAUCGACGCUCUCCCAAACCUGGCUGCGAAGGUUCCUGCAAAAACCCCUCCGUAAAUUAGCCGGUUGAUCGUUUCAAAUUAGGGAGGGAUUUGAACAUGCAAGAAUGAUUGAAACAGGUUUUUACUUGCACGAAGAUUGGAACGGUAAACUGGUUAAAGAACUGGACUUGUAACUUGCAGGUUCGAGUCCCUAGUAGAGCACUGUCAGCUAGCUGUUUCAUGUGAAAAAACAGUAUGCUGACCUAAACCUGAAGUAUACUGUAUUAUACUUGAAGUGUAAUUAAAGUUUGUUUGUUUCAAGUAUACUACGGUGAGUAUACUAUUUUUUAACAUGGGGUAGCAUUGAGCGAGGUACUUCCUCUUAAUUCAGGUCAAUUAGUGAAGUGUUUUUUUUUUUUUUUUUUUUUUACAUAGAACUGUCACAAAGACACAGAGAAACAGAAGGAAACUGGGCAAAAGAAUUCCUGAAACCCCAAAAUGCAAGCAAGGUAAAAACUCCCCAGUGGGAAGAAAAUGAAACAUUGUUAUAGCUGUACAGUGCAGUGAUUAAGGAUCUGGACUGGAGGUUGCUGGAUCACUUCUAGCCGUAGCAUUAAGCAAGUUACUUAAAUGGGGUAUUGGUCUUGUAACCUAAAUGUUGCAGGUUCGACACUGCCGCUGUACCCUUGAGCAAGGUAUCUGGUCUGCAUUAGUUCUGUGUAUAUCCAGCUGUAUAAAUGGAUGCAAUGUAAAUUCUGUAUGUAUGCCUGUAAUGUACUAUAAAAUAAUGUACUUCACCUAAUUGGCUUCAGGGAAAAUUCACCUUUGUAAAUGGGUGUUUGUGAACAAUAAUCUGUCUAAGUUGCUCUGAAUACAAGAAUUUGGGUGGCUGCUAAUAUUCUUAAUUUCAUUACAAAGGCACUGUUUUGGACAGCGUCAAUGCUGGGUAAUUGGUGCCAUGCUCAAAGGCGGUGUUUUCUACCACCAGGGGGCAGUAAAACAUUUACCGAACUGCAUUCUCCGUCGAAAGGUAUUUUUGGCGCUCGCUAUUGCAACAUCCUUCAGGAUGUUUAAUUCAGAGUAGAUGGAAGGGGUGGUGAGGGGGUGUGAACAAUUAGCAGCUGUGUUGAAAUAAGUGUAUUAACUGCAAAUUCCCCCGAUGCUCUCGCUGAACAGUUUAUUUUUGUACAAGGUUUUUUUCUCUCUCUCUCUCUCUCUCUUUCUUUUUUUGCUUUUGCUGCCGUAACUGAAACUGAAGAAUCCACCAGCCACGUAUUUCAUAAUUCACCGUUUAUGUUCUGUUUUUUAACCGAUAGGAAGUUGGGGUUGCGCACGUGUAACUCAAGGUAGCCUAUUAAAAUCAGCAUUUCUUAAUUUAAAAAAAAAAA